AUGACGGGGGCCAUGAGAAGGACCCCGACACACGCAAUGGAGGUAAUGUUAGGUUUGAAGCUACUCUGGAUUGAGGUAGAGAAAAGAGCCACAGAACAGUGGUACAGAAUGAAAGCAUGUAAAGAAUGGAGAGGAAGCUGCGUGGACAAGAGACACGCGCUGAUACAAAGAGAGGCACUAUCAAGAUUUGAGAUGUUGAUGGCCAACAACGACCUUAUAAAAAGGCAGGAGAUAUUCGACAAGAAGUACAGGGUACAUAUAGGAGAGAGAGACAACUGGAAAGUGGAAGUCAGACACCCAACGACAAUCUGCUUCACGGAUGGCUCGAGAAGAAGCUCAACGAAACUAGCAGGAGCGGGCAUCGUGAUCCCUAAACUGGGAGAAACAGUAUCAAUAUCACUGGGUAGAUAUGCUAGCGUGUUCCAAGCUGAGGCAGCACUGAAGGCACUGAAGAAAAUAUCAGUCACCUCCGCUCUCGUGAGAGAAUGUAGAGAGGAGCUAAACUCGAUAGGCAAGCAAAGAAGUGUCACGGUAACAUGGGUGCCGGGGCACCAGGGAGUAACAGGAAACGAGAGAGCAGACGAGCUGGCGAGGAUAGGGGCGGAGACGGAAUACGUGGGUCCGGAACCGGCUCUGCCUAUGUCAGCGGAUGUCACGAAGGGAGUUAUAGAAAAGGUAAAAGAAAUGGAAGCACAGAGAGAAUGGGAAGAAGAGACUAGCUGCAGACAGUCUAAGAUGAUGGUCAAGGGCAUUGAUCACAAAAGAACCAGGUAUCUUCUGAAACUAGACAUCUCAAGGUAA